AUGGCGGCGGCACCGGUGACGGCUAUUCCUCCGACAGCUUCAAGUUCUUCGGCCCCUAUUCCGGAGGUACUUGAGGCCGAGCAGGAGCGGUCGUUGGCGGUGUUGAUGGCCUUCAAGCGGUUUAAUCCUCCGACCUUUUUGGGUGAUGUGAAAGACCCAUGGUUGAUGGAGGCGUGGCUUUCUGCGAUGGAGGCAUUGUUCGAGGAUAUCUACACCCUCGAGAAGGACAAGGUUCGGUUGGCGGCUCACUGUUUAGAGGGGCCGGCUCGAUCGUGGUGGACUAGAGUGAAGAAUGGUCGGUCCUUGGAUCCGGCUACUAUGACUUGGGAGGCGUUCCGGGAGAUUCUGCUAAUGGAGUACUUUCCGGAAAGUGACAAGCGGAAGGUCAAGGAGGACUUUUGCAAGUUAAGGCAAGGAAGCCGAACGGUGCGGGAGUAUGAAUGGGAGUUCUCGUACAUGGUUAAUUGUGUUCCCGACUUGGUUCAUGGUGACCGAGAUCGGGUGGAAGUCUUCGAGCGCGGGUUGCGGCCGGAGAUAUUCAAGACUGUUCAGGCACUUCGGCUGAAGACCUACGAAGAGGUGCUUGAUCGUGCGCUAUGGAUAGAGCGCGGUAACGCCGUUGCGCGCGAGGAACAUGAGGCGUUCGAAAGGGACAAGGACAGGGAGAGGUCUAAGAAGCGACCGGCUGGUGGUUCCACGGGGCAGUCGAGUUCCAAGCGACCCCCUCGGCACCCUAGAUCGCAAUGGCGGCGAGAUAAAGGCCAGAUGAGGAGUCAGACGAGUUCCUCCCCGUGCGUGAUUUGCGGUGGGAAUCAUAGGCCGAGUGAGUGUUCUCAGCGUGACGGGAGGUGUUUCCGAUGCGGCCAAGCGGGACACAUGAGAUGGGAUUGCCCGGGCGGCGCGUCACCUGCUCCAUCAGCUGCUUCGGCUCAGUAUGCUCCACGACAGCUCGCAGGACUACCACCUGCCAUGUCGGCUGGGCGCGCUUCAUCACCGCGACAACCGGAGGGAUCCCAUGCACCGAGUGGACGGGUUUUCGCCACUCAGGUGGAGUAG